AUGCCAGGCCCCUUUGGUGACGUCCCGAAAGCUCACGAAGACGCUCUUCGUAGAAAUACACGAUCUCGCGGCAUAAGUGCGCCGCCUCCAAUUCGAAGAUCUCCCCGACUAGCCGGAAUCCCUGCCGAUAGUGACUUCGUUCUAUCCUCGAAACGCUUUUUCACACCCGAGGGCCUCGGGAUUCAUUCAACUGUUGUGUUUGACAGAAAGAAAGGAGAGUGGCGCGGCGAGUGGGCUUAUCGAGUGAACAAGAACACUCGCAAGAAGCCAUUCUUCCCUGGACAGAUCAUCCAGGCUUUCGACGCUCAUCCUCAGACUGUCCUCGACAAGACACUCGACGAUCCCUGCAUUGCACAAGUUGCCGCUGGUCCGGUAUUCGCCAAAGUGAGAGCGAUGAUCGUGAUCAAUCUCACUGCCGACGGCAUAUUUUGUCUGCCAAUGUACACAUCAAAACCGGGCAAGAGUAAACCAGCGCAAAGACUCGCCGAGAUGGCCAGUAUCUGCGACGACAACAAAUGGAAAGGAAGGACGCCCUGGGCCGGUCAGCCCCUUCAGAUGACAAUCUACAGUCCCAGGGACUCGCCAAAUAGAUCAUUGAUCGAGCUACUACAGCCCGUCCACGUUCUUAGCGCAUCGAGGAUCAUACCAAUUGGCUUUAUAUCUGGCGGAGAGUACGCGAGAUUAAUGAGGCUUCUUCACCAUAAGGAAACUCAGGCGAGAGCAGCGGCAUUCCACGUUUAUGGCGAGACGUAUCUCCCAAUAACUGGUUGGGCGCCAAAGCCUAGGAUCCAUAGGCCGUACCCCAAGGCCAAGGCUAAUAUGCACAAUAGGACGGGCAUGAGGUGGUAG